AUAAGUUUCAACUUUUUUAUAUAUCUUUUUUCAAAAUCAUCAUUUUUUAAAAUUUUUUUUCCUAAAAGAAUUUCAACAACCAUGUUGGUUAAUAUUUAAUAAAUUUAAUGGAUCCAAAAUUAAAAGCCAUUUUAUCCGAAAACUUAUCAUCGGAAUGGAAAGAAUUUGCAAUGCACACUGGAAUAAAUGUAGCAGUUGUAAAUUAUCAUGAUUUGGAUAAAGUCAGUGAAAAAGUAAAAAUGGAAAACCUUUGCAACGAUCUUGUUAAAAAACACGAAAAUAAUUAUAUGACAAUGAUAGAGAAGUCUUUAAGAGAAAUGGGCAAGAUGGAUGUUCUAAAUGAGAUUCAAACUUUUUGUUCAAUUGAAAAAUUGAAAUUGCAUUAUAUUGAAACUUACGAUGCCGAUCCCCAACAUACCCGAAACAAUAACACUGUUAAACUAUACAAAAACCAUUUUGAUUUGGUUAAUGGGGAUAGUUUUAAUAAUAAUGAUAAGAAUGCUGAAAAAAACAACUUUAAUGAGUGGAAAGAUUUUAUUAAAAAACAAAGUAAUUACAAAACAGUGACUUUUGAAGAUAUAUUUGAACAAGAUUCAAAUGAAUCAUUAGUUUUGAUUUCUGGAAUUGCCGGAAUAGGUAAAACAUAUUUCCUUAAAAAAUGUCUUCUUUUAUGGGCAAAAGAAUUGAUUUGGAAAAAUACAGAUUUUGUUUUUUAUUUCGAUCUAACAAAUUCAAUUGAUUUUCAAUCUAUUUUGAGCUUAAACGAACUUAUAAUGAAGUUAUAUUCAGGUGUUUUAGUGGCACAAAAAAUAACUUUUAAGUGGUCAAUUAAACUACUAAUUGAUGGCUUAGAUAAAUUUACUUACUUCGAAAAACUUUUAAACCAUAAGUUAGGUACGUUUAGUAAUAUUCCGUUGGUACAUACGUUGGAGCAUAUACUUAGCGCAAAAGAAGUUAAAUGUGUACUUGCUGGAAGAGUACAAGCUGUAUCUAAAUAUAUCAGUACAGGAAAAGAAGAUGAUAAAAUUUUAAACAUUCAAAUUAUGGGUUUUAACAAUCUGGGAAUGAAGUUCUACUUACAAGAUAACUUACUAAGCAAAACCCUACAAAAAAAUUUAAACGAUAUUUCAUCAUCAUCAAUUGAAGGAAAAUCAUUACUUUCUGUUCCUCUUUAUUUAAAAGCUAUAUGCUCAACAACAUUACACUUACUUAUUCAUUCUGUGAAAACACUAACCGAAUUGCACACUUUAAUAUUUUAUUAUUUUAUGCAACAAAAAAGCAGAUCAAAAAAUAUAACUUUAUAUGAAUUAAUGCUUAAUAAUAACCAAUACUUCUUAGGUGUGUGCAAAAUUGCAUCUAUUUUGUUACAAAAUCAAAGAGUUUUUAUUUUACCAGAUGAGUUUCUCCCUAUUCUUGAAAAGCAUAACUUGGAGCCAAUUGGAUUCAUAGAAAUGUCUAAUAUCAGUCAACAAUAUGAAUUCUCUCAUUUUAUUUUGUUAAAAUUUUGUGCUUCUGUACAUUUGUAUUUAUGUGAUAGUCCACAAACCGCUAUUAACAACAAACGAUUGCAUUUGUGCAUACCAAUGGUAUGCGGAAUAGGAUAUGGAAGAAAAAGAAACUUUACAUGCUUAAUUACUAACUUGAAAAAACCAGUUCAUCAAGAGAAAUUUUGGCUUCAAGAAGUAUUAGAGUACAAAGACAGAAACUUGUUUGUCCAAAGUCUAUAUGAAUCUCAAACAUCUUUUAAUGAUGUUCAAAUAAUAUCAAUCGAUAUUUUAAAUGGAUGGAAUGAAAAUAAUUUAUCUGGUGAAAAUGCAGAAGUGUAUUUUACAGAAAAAUUUAAAAAACUUCACAAGAAAAUAGAUUACAAUAAGUUAAAAAUGCUUGAAAUAGAAAAAAAAUAUCAAGAUGCAGUGUCUUUAUAUAAUAAAAAGGACUUCGAUAAUGCGUUAGUAAAUUUUAGAUUGGUUGAAAAUGAACAAAAGGAGUUUUUAGGAGAAAAACACGAGAAGCUACUUAAAACUAAAUUCAUAAUUGCAAAAUGCUUUUACGAUAAAAAACAAUACAAUGACGCAGAAAAAUUAUUAAGAGAAUUACAAAAAAUACAAAAACAGAUUUCAAAAGAGAAUAAUGCAUGUUCCCUAAAUACUAAAUACUGGAUUGCAAGUUGCUUAUAUCGUCAAAAGCAAUUUUCAGAAGCAGAAAAAAUAACAAAAGAAGUAGAAAACAUGCAAAAAGAAAUUUUAGGAGAGAACAAAAUAGACACACUAAGCUCUAAGAACUUAAUUGCAUUGUGCUUGUAUCGUAAGAAACAAUUUGAUGACAGUGAAAGGUUAUUUAGAGAGAUUGAAAGAAUGCGAAAAGAAGUUUUAGGUGAAAAACAUCCUGAUACAAUCAAUUCUAAAUAUUGGAUUGCAAGAUGUUUAUAUGAUAACAAUCAAUUUAUUGAUGCAGAAAAUAUAUUUAAAGAGGUUGAAAACUUUGAAAAAGAAAUAUUUGGAAUUGAAGCGACUAAUACACUGAACACUAAAUACUGGAUUGGAUUAUGUUUAUUUAAUAGAAGAAAAUUCAGCGAGGCAGAAAAAGUAUUGAAGGAAUUAGAAUUUUUAGAGGAAAAAGUCUUUGGUAAAACAGAUCCUUAUACAAUAAAUGUUAAACAAUUGAUCAAAGAGUGCGUUCGUGAAAAUUGCAAAAAAUGAUAAAAAGUUAAUAAAAUAAAAAUUAAAAACACAAAAA